UGAGAAUGUAGGAACGCGCGCGAUCCGUAUGCCCAAAUGUCGCACAACUACCAGGCGCCGAUAAGCUGGUGAUCGGGAAGGAACGUAUAAAGUAGCUUCUCUUAACUUUCGGGAGGGUAAAUACUGCCAUUCGUAAGGCCCGGGUCCUCCUGAAAACGUGGCUCGACUCGCAAGGAACUGCUCGUUCUGUCUGGCCUAUUUCUAAAAGGGGCCUGCUGUCCCAGCACAUUGGGUCAUCAUGAAGCUCACCGAUAAUGUGCUCCGAAGUUUCCGUGUGGCAAAGGUCUUCCGGGAAAACUCUGAUAAAAUAAAUUGCUUUGACUUUAGUCCAACUGGUGAAACAGUCAUAUCCAGCAGCGACGAUGAUUCAAUUGUGCUUUAUGAUUGCCAGGAGGGGAAGCCCAAGAGGACGUUGUACAGUAAAAAAUAUGGUGUUGACCUUAUCAGAUAUACACAUGCAGCUAAUACAGUGGUCUACAGCUCCAACAAAAUUGAUGACACAAUACGAUACCUCUCUCUUCAUGAUAAUAAAUACAUCCGUUAUUUCCCUGGACACAGCAAGAGAGUAGUUGCUUUGUCUAUGUCUCCUGUGGAUGAUACGUUCAUUUCUGGGUCAUUGGAUAAAACCAUCCGGUUAUGGGAUCUUCGAUCGCCUAACUGUCAGGGGCUAAUGCAUCUUCAAGGAAAACCUGUAUGUUCAUUUGAUCCCGAGGGUCUCAUUUUUGCAGCUGGAGUAAAUUCAGAGAUGGUCAAGUUGUAUGAUCUUCGCUCUUUUGAUAAAGGUCCAUUUGCAACCUUCAAGAUGCAGUAUGAUCGAACCUGUGAGUGGACUGCUCUGAAAUUUAGCAAUGAUGGGAAACUUAUCUUAAUGUCAACCAAUGGAGGCUUCCUUCGUCUGGUUGAUGCUUUUAAGGGGGCUGUUAUGCACACGUUUGGGGGCUACAACAAUAGUAAGGCUGUCACCCUGGAAGCUACCUUCACUCCAGAUUCCCAGUUUAUUAUGAUCGGCUCAGAAGAUGGCAAAAUUCAUGUUUGGAAUUGUGAGAGUGGUAUGAAAGUAGCAGUGCUGGAUGGCAAACACACAGGUCCUAUCACAUGCCUACAGUUCAACCCCAAGUUCAUGACGUUUACUAGUGCUUGCUCAAACAUGGCUUUUUGGCUACCAACUAUUGAUGACUGAUGCAUACAGAGAAGCUGGCAUUUGUAAAAAUCCCAUUCUUCAGCUAUUUUCCACAAAUAAAUCUUCACAAUGCCCGGAUAUAUGAAGAACAAGAAAAUGGUUAUUUUUUUUAUUCUUCCAUAAAAAUACCCCAGUAUUGAGCCAACAUUUCUCUUUGCCAAAAUAAGAACUGUUCUUCGGUACAUAUCAAGAUUUAUGAACUUCUGUUUUUUACCUUCAUGUACUGGGCACUUAUUUUGUGGAAUGGUGUAUAUAUUUUUGUCAUGUUUCUCCUGACGAACCUGUAUUUGAGACACAUGCUACCAAUCUCUCUUUUUAUAUCCUUUAUAUACGCUUCCAUCUGUAUUUGUUCUUUGGAGCAGGAUUUAAAUGUUCACUAUGGUAAGAAUCCACACCAACCUUGUUACACCAGAUAUUACACCAGAGGUAGAUUUCAUGGUGGAUGACGCACUAAAUAACCGGCUAAACCAGAUUCUAUUUAGAUACCCUCUCUGUCCAGAGUUAAAGGCUGGCAAGAAGCUACAUCUGUUAUUGUUUUGGUUAAUUUUAAGAGAAAUUUUAUUAAUGCAGUGCUCCUUCCUUAUAGGCUCUCUCUCCACACCUGUAGUUACUGCCACAAGUAUUACACAGAUGUGCAUCAAAUCUACACAGACAUAUUCCUAUAACACAAUCCCAUGUUACCAGAAACAGCAAUUUUGACUCCUUCAUGCAGUUGAUUUAAACUGGAAUUGCUUUAUAUCAUUUAUUAUUGAUUUCUGUGUUUCCUUUGAUUGUUGAGAGAUGCUGGAUGUGUUUAAUAGCCAACGGGCCGCAGGUUAAGCAUUGUCCAUCUGUUUUCUAUUUCAAGUCAGUACUGGUAGCUUUGUGGGGAAUUUGCUUAUUAGUGCUGCCCCAAUUUGUUUAGAUCAGGAUUAUGAUUCUUUCAUUAAUUGGUUAAUCUAUUUGGUAAUAUAAUUCAUAAGUAGCAGAACAGUAUAUAUUGCUCUCAUAUUCUGUAAGCAGCAUUAUUAAACGGGCAUUAUUAAACUGGCACUAGUAUUAAGAACUGCCUGGGUUGGCAUCCACACUACCAGCACUGCAUUGGCCUGGCUGGCAUAGGACAAGUAGCUUCUUUCUUGCCCACAGACAAUCGUAGCUAGCUGAAAGUGAAAUACGUAGGUUAAAGGGCAAUCCAUAUAUACCACUGAAUUCAGCUUUUAAGAAAACAUUAUGUGGUUAAUAACCUUGUUAAUAGAGGACCCAGGAAAAGUCUGGGAUCUGUUUUGUGACCACAAAUUGGUUGGAAAUCAAAUAUACACUUCAUUUUAAUUACUUUCUGUUGUUCAUUAUCUUAAAAUGAGUCACAUAAACAUACCAAAAGCAGCAUUGGGUUCUUAACCAUAGAUUAACAGUUCCUGUUGGGGGAAUGGUGAUAUUGUUUGCCUCGGUAAAAUCACUCUACAUAGACUAAAAAAUAGCACAAUCUAGGAGUCCUAGUUAAUGUUGGUUUGCUAUCAGUAUAAUAGCGUUAUGUUUUAUUUAUAUAAUAAAAAGAAGCCCCAAACUGUCAUCUUAAAUUAAAAUUAAUGCAAUACCCUAUUUGGAAACUAGGUGUGUUUGGCCCUUUAAGAUCUUGUGUCAAGUAAGCAGUAGGUGAAAAGAUUUUACACUUCAAGGAAAUGUGUAUUUUACAGCUCCAGAAUAUGAUAGUUUAUUUUUAACCACACAGAACCUUUUUAAAAAAAAAAAAUAAACAAAAAUAUUGUAUGGUUUCCUCAUGUCAAGGAAGCCUCAUAAGCAGUAUUCAGUAUUUCAAAAUAAAGAUAUUCCACAGCAUAAAGGAUUUAUCUCACUGUCUCAUAUACAUUUGAGGAUUGUGCAUGUAAAUAAGAAAUGGAUUAAACCAUUACUGGGGAGCUAAGCAGUGUGCAGCUGUUUCUUGUAAAUUAUGUUUUUUUACAUAAAUAAAAUAUUAAAACAA